UUUUUGUUUCCUUCUGUCUUCCCAGGUGGCAUUGGUAGGGUGGUCAACGGAGCCUUCAUGGUGCUGAAAGGGCAUCGGUCUAUUGUGAACCAGGUCCGAUUUAACCCCCACACCUACAUGAUCUGCUCUUCUGGUGUAGAAAAGAUCAUCAAGAUCUGGAGCCCAUACAAGCAGCCAGGAUGUACUGGAGAUCUGGAUGGUCGGAUUGAGGAUGAUUCUCGCUGUCUCUAUACCCACGAAGAGUACAUCAGCCUUGUGCUGAACAGUGGGAGUGGCCUGUCCCAUGACUACGCCAACCAGUCUGUUCAGGAAGACCCCCGGAUGAUGGCCUUCUUUGACUCCCUGGUGCGUCGCGAGAUCGAGGGCUGGAGCUCCGACUCAGACAGCGACCUCAGCGAAAGCACCAUCCUCCAGCUGCACGCAGGGGUCAGUGAGCGUUCAGGCUACACCGACUCCGAGUCCUCGGCCUCGCUGCCCCGCUCUCCUCCGCCCACAGUGGAUGAGUCUGCUGACAGCGCCUUCCACCUGGGGCCCUUGCGGGUCACUGCCACAAAUGUGGUGGCUUCAACUCCGCCACCGCCCACGUGCGAGGAUGCUACCGCUCGCCAGCAGCGCCUGUCUGCCCUGCGGCGCUACCAGGACAAACGCCUCCUGGCCCUUUCCAACGAGUCCGAUUCAGAAGAGAACGCUUGUGAGGUUGAACUGGACACAGAUCUCUUCCCCCGGCCACGGUCUCCCAGCCCUGAAGACGAGUCCAGCAGCUCCGGCAGCCCCAGCAGCUCCGAGGACGAGGAGGAGCUGAAUGAACGGCGAGCGUCCACCCGGCAGCGGAACGCCAUGCGGCGCCGGCAGAAGAUGCCUCGAGAGGAGAGGCCUGGUGCCCCGACCAAGCCCACCGACACCUGCAUUGGAGAAGACAACUAUGAUUACCCCCAGAUCAAAGUAGAUGACCUCUCUUCUUCCCCCACUUCCUCUCCUGAGCGGAACACGUCCACUCUGGAGAUUCAGCCAAGCCGAGCAUCGCCAACUUCCGACAUAGAGUCAGUUGAGCGCAAGAUUUAUAAAGCUUACAAGUGGCUCCGCUACUCCUAUAUCUCCUACUCAAAUAACAAAGAGGGAGAGAGCUCGCUUGUGUCUGGGGAGGCAGAUGAAGGGAGAGCAGGAACCAGCCACAAGGACAACCCAGCCCCUUCUUCCAGUAAGGAAGCCUGUCUAAACACGACCAUGGGCCAGAGGAACCAGGACCUGCCCCCUGCAGGCCACAGCAAGGACGCUUUUAAAGAAGGGACUUCUGCCAUAAAUCCCAGCAAUGGCCCAGGCCAUGAGCCCAGCGGUCACCCUUGGGCUGAGGCACCAGAGGACACCUCUCAGGACACGAGUAACACUGGUGGCUCUGUAGAACACUCUUUUGAGACCAAGAAGCUCAAUGGAAAGGCCCUAAGCAAGGCCCUGAGCAGCCGGGCUGAGGAGCCACCCUCCCCUCCUGUCCCCAAGGCAUCUGGCUCCGCUCUCAGCAGCGGGUCUGGCAACUGUCUGAGGACCCAGUCUGAUGACAGUGAGGAGAGGAGCCUCGAAACCAUCUGUGCCAACCACAACAAUGGGCGCUUACACCCCCGGCCCCCUCAUCCCCACAGCAACGGGCAGAACUUUGGGGAGCUGGAGGCGGUGGCCUGCUCGUCCCCAGGACGUUCGGACACUGAUCAUGAUAACUUGUCCCUGACAGGGAUGCUCCUACACAAAGAUUGUUGUGGGUCUGAAAUGGCCUGUGAGACCCCCAGUGCUGGAACGAGAGAGGACCCCACUGACCCCCCAGACACAGACAGCAGCAGGGCUGUUCAUGGCCAUAGUGGCUUCAAAAGGCACCGAAUCGAAUUGGAAGACACAGAUUCGGAGAAUUCCUCCUCAGAGAAGAAAUUAAAAACAUGAUAAAUACAAAGGGAAAACAAAAAGCUAUGAAAAGUAGCUUUAUAAAAAUUUUUAAAUCCUGUUUAGUGAACACAGAGGAAAGGAAAAAUAGUAUUAAAGGCACAUAAAACCAGGGCCUGAAGUUUUGUGUCUGAUGCUGCUCCCUUCUAUUCAACAAUGGGUCUGAUGUUUAGCUGGCCAUUGGCUGUGCUGUGUUAAGAAAGGGAAAAAAAUCCAAGUGACUCCUUUCUAGUAAGACUUGAGCAUAGUGUACCUGUGCAGAUUCUGUUAAAGUAAAUCCUUGUUGAGAUGUUUGACUUAUUCUUGUGUGUGUGCGCUGGCACGUGUGAGCUCAUUGUCUCAGACUUUUCUUUCGAUUCUCCAUCAGAAAGGAUCUAUGGAUCUGUAAUUUUUGCCAUCUCACCCCAUUUACAUGCCAUAGGUGUUCUGGUCUUAAUAAUGAGUGCCUGCUAAAUCAGGUUGUGUUGCCAGUGAGUAGUGGAUUUAUGCUGAAAGAAUGGAGACGAGAAUGGAAAUAGGCCUUCAGCCCGCUGGCUGUGCUGGAAAGGAAAGCAUGGUUCCUUUCUUAAAGAAAUCUUCCAUGUUUUCUCAGUAGCACUUCUUCAUUGAGCAUUUAAUGUAGACGUACUAAAAGUGGAGCGUUUUUAAUGCUAAUGAGAGGUUAGCACUUAAGAUCAGAUUUGAGAGAACAUAGAUAGAUCCCUGAUAAAUUUCACUGGUUGCAAAUUGAGUGAUGGUGCAAUACCAUACUGUAGGGAGGCCAUAAAAUAUAACUAGUUGUGGGUAACACUUUAAAAAGCUAGUUCCUACAAGGCACUCAGAAAGCCAGCAGGCUCUUCCUGGCCCCAUGUGGUGGCAUCUAGGCAUAUUGAAAGAAGGGGAAAGACAGCUCUCAAGAGAUUUGUGCUCAGACUACUAAAGUGAAUGUUAUAGGUGUGUUAAUGAAGAAGUAUAGGAAAGAGCAGAGUAUGGUACUGCCUUCAUUUAAUUCAACCCAAAAUGGUCAGAAUUGAUGGGACUGGCAUCUUCUCUCAGGCUUGCUGUCCACAGAGACUGGUGUUCUGACUGGAUCUUGCAGAGCAGGAGGCAUCUCGAAGUAACAGAUUCUUAUUGAGUAGGUCUGUUAGGAGGCAGAGAGUAUGGAGAGAGGAGUCACUGGCUCUGUUUCAUUAAGGUAGAUAAAGAUUGAGAGAGGAAAAGACCAGGAGCUUUUCAGCAUUACAGUGGUGGUCACACUCACUUGGUUAUUAAUGAAGGCCUGUACAAGACGGGAAGACCUAGGAUGACAGAUACCUUGUUGGCGUGGAUGUCAUGAAAAGGCAGGAGAAUACUGGGAAGAAAUGAGGGAGAGAGAGAACACUACAACUUUCUUGAGCACAAAGGUGCUAGACAAUUAGGAGACCAGUGGCACUGGCUUAGAGAGGACCUAGCAUGUGACUGGUGUGGCCUCACUGAUCCAGCGUUCUUUUUAGGGAAGGACCUGUCCUACUGGAACUGGGACCAAGGGGAGACAGCCUGUGGAGGAAGACGACUUGGAUGAAUUUAGUCACUGGGGGAAGGGGGGUUAUUUAUAAAGGAAGGUUGUUGAUCUAAGCCAAAAGGAGAUAUCACCUUGCUAAGCUUUGUGAAAAGAAAGAUGUGCCUCGUGUGUGUGAUGUGACUUGGGCAUAAAAACAUUGUCUUAGGAGAAGGAGACGAAGGAGUGUGAGUAGCAGAGGGGAUGCUUACAAGUUAACAACUGUAAUCUCACCGGGGAGCGGGAAAGUGAUUCUGUAACCAUUAGAAUACUUUAAUCUGUAAUCAAAACGGUUCUAUGAUUUGUCUUUGACUAUUCACA